AUGUCAGAACCACGAAAGCUUGACAGCAAGCCACGAGAUCUAUCAAGUCAAGAGAAAUGCAAAGAGUGGGCCAGGAUCGAGCCAGCCCUCAUUCGUUUGUGGGGCAUAGGUGCGAUCGGUCCCAAUACGAAGUUCAGUGAUGUGAUGAGGGCACCAGGUGUAGUUCUUGGAAAGCUUGCACAACAAACCUUCCAAUUCUUUUGGAACAAACUCAGAACACACCUGAUAGAUAAGCAGGAACAAAAGCGACGGGUGUCAUCAUCCGGUUUUCUUCCUUCCACUCGUGCUUCCAAGAGAUCCAAGUCUAUACGUCAUGGCGAGAAGAAUGGUGACCAUAAUAUGUUCCAUCCUGUGACAAAUUUCGUUCCGUACAUAGAUACGAAUGGUGACAAAAUGCUGGCGGUCGUCAUCCUUCUACCUUCUGGCGUCUGCGAGGAUGAUAAAUCACCAUUCCCAUUCAAGGCGGGUUACCGCCUGGAGCUUGAUCAUGAUGUCCUUCGGCUGACCGUAAAGAUGCCCGAAUUGUUCGAGGAUUUCGAAAACCUUUUUUAUGCUGUGAUUGAGAAAGACGAGUGUACAAGGUGGGCUAUCCGUGAUGCACACAGGAGAAGCAUGAUGAAGUAUCGAAAGGAUUGGAACGGUUCCAUAGCAUUGACGGCUGAAAUUCAUCUGCCUUCUAAACCUGUCCGAAAUACUUUCAGAUGCUCACAGGUCAAGCAAAAAGCAACAAGUGCGAACUUCUUGGUUUUCUAUUUCACAAUGGAACAGUUUGAUGAUGGCACCUGCAAGUUUGACAAGCCACACGAAUGUUAG